UCCUUGUUUCUAACAUUGCAGAUCGACGUUUCGUAGAUCUAAAUAGAAGUAUUCGCAAGACCAUCUCAGAAAUCAUGAGCCAAAGAGAAUUGAUUGAUUUGAACUCAACUGCUGCCGAAGAACGCGAAGAAUUGCAGAUGGCGCUAACUGAAGAGCGAGAACUGCAGCGCAAGCAGUACCACCGGUGCACCCCCGAACAAACCAAAGAACUUGAGGAAUUUUUUGCAGAGUGUCCACGCCCGUCCAAAAAGCAACGGGCCGAACUUGGCCAAAACUUAGGAAUGGAAUCAUCGCAAGUGAAGUUCUGGUUCCAAAACAAGCUCACCCAAACAAAGAUUCAUCAAGAGCGUGAGGAGAAUGCCCGUCUGCAUGCCGAAAACAACAUGCUUCAGCAUCAACUGCUGAACUACAAAGAGGUUCUUGAGAACCCUUGCUGCAAUGCUUGUAGGAUGAAGAAGAGGCUGGCCAAUGCAACUCCGGAAGCCCGCAAUUUAAUCCUCGAGAAUGAUCGGCUGAAAAGGGAGCUCGAGCAAAUGGCCGAAGUCAUUGCGAAAUAUGUUGGAAAGCCCGUGCCGAAUGUUGCUGCAAGUUCAUCUGCCCGCCUCCCUAGCAAAUUCAACAAAUGA